AUGUCUCUAGACAAUCAUAUCCGCGAAUCGCAUACCGAUGUGCUCAUUGUUGGCGCCGGCCCAUCGGGCUUAAUGGUCGCUUACUGGAUGGCGCGGUAUGGGAUCCGAACACGGAUUAUCGACAAACGAGACACAAAGGUGUUCACAGGCCACGCCGACGGAGUUCGCAUGAGAACACUGGAGAUUUUUGAUAGUAUAGGAAUUUACCAUCGCGUUCGUCAUGAGGGUCAUCCAUCCGUCGAGCCUGCUUUUUGGGUACCUGGAGAGGACGGCAAGUUAAUGCGACAGGGUCCGAUAACGCCUGAGCAAGUCUUCCAGUCGCCGAUGGCUCAUCUGCUCCUCAGCCAGGGUCGUAUCGAACGGUUCAUGCUCGACAAAAUUCGAGAAUACUCAGAUAUCGAGGUGGAGCGCGGUGUGACAGCCGAGUCGUUGGAGUAUGAUCAGUCGCUGGAUAAAGAUCCCAAUUCUUAUCCUAUAUCUGUUAAGAUACAACACUCCGAUCCGAAAACAAACUUGAACAUACCCGCGAACUUGCCUGCUGAUGAGUGGGAUGAUUUGUCUCGUCAGAGACAGAGAAAACAAGCAGGAAGUGAGAUCGUCAAGGCCAAGUACAUUAUUGGCUGUGAUGGAGCACAUAGUUGGACUAGGAAGCAGCUGGGAAUUCCCUAUGAAGGCGCGAAUACAGAGCAUAUUUGGGGAGUAAUUGAUGUUGUUCCGAUCAGCAAUUUUCCCGAUAUUCGUCGCAUGGGAACCGUCUCAAGUAAAGCGGGCACAAUGCUCGUCAUUCCUCGCGAAAGAAAGCUCGUCCGAUUUUACGUGCCAACCCAUAUUUUCGAGAGUACCAAUACAAAUGGCCGAUUUGACCGUUCGACAAUCAUACCUGAGAAAAUAAAAACAAGAGUUCAAGCCAUUUUGUCACCAUACACAUUCGAUUUCACGAUAGUUGACUGGUGGACCGUAUACCAGAUCGGGCAGCGUAUCGCACCCACAUUCUCCAAGGGCAACCGUGCCUUUUUAGCCGGCGAUGCAGUACACACUCACUCACCGAAAGUUGGAUUGGGCAUGAACAUCAGUAUGCAGGAUGGGUUUAAUCUCGGGUGGAAGAUUGCGCUGGUUGUAGCUGGAGUCGCUGAUCCCACCAUCCUGAACACUUAUAACUCGGAGAGACAUCCUCUCGCAGAGCGAUUAAUUGAAUUUGACAAGCUCUGGUCAACUUAUUUCACUGGUGACAAUGGAAAAAAUCAGAGCGGAGCACCAGGGAAAACGGAUGAAAUGAUUCACCUUGUUUCUGGAUUCCAGGAUUUCGCGGAUGGGGUUAAGGCAUUUUAUGGUGAAAGUCCCUUGGUUUCCAAAGUUGGGAAUGAGAUAGUACCACCAUGCGCUACCAAGCUUAUUCCAGGAGAAAGAGUUCCACCAGUCAAGCUUCGGAAUCCUGGAGAUGCCCUGAUCCAAUGGACGACGAGGAUCAUGGAGAGUGAUGGACUGUUCAAAUUAGUCGUACUUGCGGGAGAUAUACGUGACAAGGAACAGAAGCAGCGUGUUGAUGCUCUGGGUCAUUAUUUGUCAGGCUUGGAUAAGACAAGACCCUCUAUUCUCACUCGAUAUGCCCUGUUCCAGGACGUCCGGAAGAUCUUACAUCCAUUUGACCCUGUCAUGGGCUGGGACUAUGAUAAGAUUUGGUGUGACUCUGAGUGUCUUUGGGAUCUAUAUUGUGAUGGAAAGGGGUAUGAGAGAUGGGGCCUUGAUAGGAUCCGUGGUGCGAUGUUUGUUCUUCGACCGGAUCAGUAUAUUGGAUGGGUUGGUGAACUGGAAGACGUGGAAGGACUAAUUCGCUAUUUGGAUGGUUUCUUGACACAAAAACCCCAGACACUUGGCAUGAGCUCAGUCCCGGACAUGGAGGUUGAAUUUUGA